AUGUAAACAGCAACGGCAGUAGAAAUAUCUAAAUGUAAAUAAUGCGCGUGUGGUAGUAAAUUAGCAGCUCAAUACGUUUGUUUGUUACCAGAAAAAUGCAAUAAUCAAUUUCUUUACUGCGAUGAUGAAAAUUGUUCUAGCAAGCAUGAUCACAGAAUGGCAAAGAUUACGAGCGUGAUGCAACACCUGAAAAAUCAAGUGGGUGAAUUCAGAGAAAAAGUUAGCACAUUGAAAUCUAACUUAUCAGAUCUAUUCCCAACUUUUGAAAAGCUGGUUAAGUUCUACACUGCAUCACAAAAGGCAUUGUCACAGAAAAACAGUCCAUAAGAUGGUAAAAAAUACAGAUACUUGGACGAAUUAGUUGCUAAGAUUGACAAGUUAUACAAUGAGGUAGAUUCAUAUAGUUUAUCUCUUGACGAGUUGCAAAUUGAAUACAAGUUAGAAGAAAUGAUUAAGACAGUAGAUGUGUAAGGUGAAAGACUGAAAGAAGAAUUUACAGAAGUUGCUACUCUUGCCAAAAUGGAUGAGGAAUUGCUCUGGAAUAUUUACGAAGAAGCCAUUUCAACAGACUACGUAAAUUAGGAAUUAAUGGACAAAUUCUCACCUUCCAAUUGGAACACCUAUCAUGGUCUCUAGAUUAAAGCAUUGAAGUCCAAGUUGGACAAGAAGGAAGCAGAGUUCUAAGCAUUCAAGACGCUGGUAGAAUAAAAGCUCUAAAUUUGA